AUGUCUGCGACUCGAUUUGCGUCCACCGGACUUGCAGCUUUGUGUACCAGCACAUUCCCGAAGCGAAAGAGGCGCACACCAGAGAUCAGCUUGGGGCAUGACGCCAGCAAGGUCACUUUGAUGAGUGUCCUCGGUGCCUUGUCGGCCAUGGCUAUGAUCUCGCAUGGUUUCGGGGACGCCACGACUAGCAGGAAGUCAGUGCGGUGGAGCAGAACACAGAGAGUGGUGUUGCAGAUAUUCUACCAAGCACUGGAGCUGGUAAGAAGCCAGCGCGCAAGUAGGGAGGCAGCUUAUCCCCUAUUACUGGCAAUUUUCUUCUCGUCGUCCCCCGGUCCAGCUCACGAUAGCGCGACACAACUCGAGACUGCCAUCGAAAGCCUCGAAGUUAGCUUUGGCCAGCGAAGAACAUCAGGCACAGGUGGGAAGAGUGGCCCGCUCCUUGAUGUUGCCGUUGCCCUCACCUGCUCGAUUGCUCAUAGUUGCGGCAGAGCUACGGCUCAGCCGUCUAGCCAGUACUUUGCCGAACUCUGCAAGCUCGUGGACCAACUUGGAACACCAAAUUUUGCAACGCUGCGAGCCGAGGGCGCCUUUUGCCUAGCCCAGAAGACCGACGACCUGCGAGAUCUUGUAUUUGCAGAGACUAUGACAGGAGCCUUGAUUGGAAAGGAUCGCGCUGUCAUCUCACACAGCGUCUCAGAAGAGGCCUUAUUCGCAGGCUUUCGAUGGGAAGAAGGCAUCAGCGAGUGGAUUGCCGUCAGUCCGGUAGCAAGACGGCAGAAUGUUAUUGCACAAGCGGAGGUUGCGGUGCCUCGCCGAAGCAGCAGGCGUAGAGAUGACAAAGUGGAUGUCCAACUGGCCCGACCCGGAUUGGCAACGACAGCGGGAGCUGCCGACGAAACCGGACCCUUAGUUGCAAUAGCCCAAACGGUGAGCGAGCCGGACGGCAACCAAGUGGACCGACGACUGGCGGGGAGAAGGCGGAAAGCGCAAGAAGGGAAUCAUGGCAGCAAGUCUGGGGACGUGCGGGCAACCAUGGAAGGCAUCGACGAGCUCAGCAUGUGCCAGGAAAAUCAGCCUCAGGCUCCAGACAAGUCCCGGUUAGGAAGCAAGGUCAUAGGAAUUGGACUACGGAACCGGUGCCGACGGGUUACCCGAAGCAGCGAGACAGGACCUCGCAUGGUUUUGGCUGAGUUGUGUAGUAGAGGCAACCCUACUGGCCACGGCGACGAAGACGAGUUGGGAUUGUAA